GCACUGAGACAAGAGAGGCACCUGAGGGGUUCCCUCCUGGGGUAGCCCGUCCUGCUGUUGGCACUGUCUGGCAGGGAGUGGGAGCUCUGAGGCCGCAGGAUCCUGCCGCUGGCUGUGGCAGCUGUGGCACUUGGGAGCUGGCACUGUGGGGGCAAUUGUGAGGUUUAGCCUGGAGCUGUGCCCAGCUGGGGGAGGCUGGGAGAAAGCAAGGAGCCCCAGGAGCCAGACAGCAGGGAAGUCUCUGACCCAGUGCCAGUGUGUGCCACAUGGAAGCCUGGCUGGCAGAUGGGGCUGCAGGCCGCUCCAUGGCGGGGUGCCUUGCCCGGGGCUGCAGCGCCCAUGGCCGACCCUCUCCUUACAGUGACCUCGCAGACGGCCACUGGUGCUGAGCGCCGAAAGGAGCCGCUCCGUGGGAAGGGGCAGAAGGACACAGCCUCUUCAGACCCACAGCAGUCCUUGCUGAAGGCACUCUCCUUGCUCGGCAGCGAUGACUGGGAGCUGAAGGAGAAGGCACUCUUCAACAUCAAACAGCUGGCCGAGUCCCAUUCAGCAGUCCUGCUUUCUAGACUUCGGGAUAUUUGCAUGGCAGUUACCAGCGAGGUGAGAACAUUGCUCUGAAUUGUUCCCCUUACU